AGGAAUUGCUACAUGCAGGAUUAUCUGGGGAAAAACCUGAGGCUCACUUUGGUCCUUUCCGGUAAUUGAGUCCGACUAGGCACCGGGGGAGUGGGAGGAGAGAGCUUCCCUUCAUAAAUGGUCCCACCCCUGGGCAAGGUGGCUCACUCUGGCAGGUGGAAACGGGGAAGGGUGCGUCUGCCACUAGUCAAGCUCAGCCAGACUGUGAGAAGAGGCCAGGCGGAGUCAGCCAAGGGACUGAGCAAACCAUGGACAAAUUGAAGUGCCCCAGCUUCUUGAAGUGCAAGGGGAAGGAGAAAGUAACAGCGUCAUCUGAGAAUUUCCAUGUUGAUGAAGGUGAUGAGAAUCAGGAUCGUGGAAACUGGUCCAAAAAAUCAGAUUAUCUCCUCUCUAUGAUUGGAUAUGCAGUGGGAUUGGGAAAUGUGUGGCGAUUCCCAUAUCUCACCUAUACAAAUGGCGGAGGUGCUUUCUUAAUACCUUAUACAAUUAUGCUAGCAUUGGCUGGUUUACCUUUGUUCUUCCUAGAGUGUUCACUGGGGCAAUUUGCUAGCUUAGGUCCUGUUUCAGUUUGGAGGAUUCUGCCAUUAUUUCAAGGUGUGGGAAUCACAAUGGUCCUGAUAUCCAUCUUUGUGACAAUAUAUUACAAUGUCAUAAUUGCCUAUAGUCUUUACUACAUGUUUGCUUCUUUUCAAAGUGAACUACCAUGGAAAUAUUGUUCUUCUUGGUCAGACCGAAACUGUAGCAGAUCCCCAAUAGUAACUCACUGUAAUGUGAGUACAGGAGGAGAGUUCAUCCAAGUGAAUAUAAGCUGGGUAGAUGCCAACAACUUUACUUGCAUUAAUGGCAGUGAAAUUUAUCAGCCAGGACAGCUUCCCAGUGAACAGUAUUGGGAUAAAGUGGCACUUCAACGGUCUAGUGGAAUGGAUGAAACUGGAGUAAUUGUGUGGUAUCUAGCACUUUGUCUUCUUCUGGCUUGGCUCAUAGUUGGAGCAGCACUAUUUAAAGGAAUUAAGUCUUCUGGCAAGGUGGUAUAUUUUACAGCCAUUUUCCCUUAUUUUGUCCUACUUAUCUUGUUAAUACGAGGUGCAACUCUGGAGGGUGCAUCAAAAGGCAUUUCAUACUAUAUUGGAACACAGUCAAAUUUCACAAAACUUAAGGAAGCUGAGGUUUGGAAAGAUGCAGCAACUCAGAUAUUUUAUUCCCUUUCGGUGGCUUGGGGUGGCUUAGUUGCUCUGUCAUCAUACAAUAAGUUCAAUAACAACUGCUAUUCUGAUGCCAUUGUAGUUUGUUUGACAAAUUGCCUCACUAGUGUGUUUGCUGGAUUUGCUAUUUUUUCUAUUUUGGGACACAUGGCUCAUAUAUCUGGACAAGAAGUCUCUCAAGUUGUAAAAUCAGGCUUCGAUUUGGCGUUCAUUGCCUACCCAGAGGCUCUAGCCCAACUUCCAGGUGGUCCAUUUUGGUCCAUAUUGUUUUUCUUCAUGCUUUUAACUCUGGGUCUCGAUUCUCAGUUUGCAACAAUUGAAACAAUUACAACAACAAUUCAAGAUCUAUUUCCCAGUGCAAUGAAGAAAAUGAGAGUUCCAAUAACUUUGGGUUGCUGCUUGGUUUUGUUUCUCCUGGGUCUUGUCUGUGUGACUCAGGCUGGAAUUUACUGGGUUCAUCUAAUUGACCACUUCUGUGCUGGAUGGGGCAUUUUGAUUGCAGCUAUACUGGAAAUAAUAGGAAUCAUCUGGAUUUAUGGAGGGAACAGAUUCAUUGAAGAUAUAGAAAUGAUGCUUGGAGCAAAGAGGUGGAUAUUCUGGCUAUGGUGGAGAGCUUGCUGGUUUGUCAUUACGCCGAUCCUGUUGACGGCAAUUUUUAUAUGGUCACUGGUGACAUUUCAUAGACCUGAAUAUGCUCAAAUUCCUUACCCUGAUUGGGGAGUUGCUCUAGGCUGGUGCAUGAUUAUUUUCUGCAUUAUUUGGAUUCCAAUUGUGGCUAUUGUCAAACUAGUUCAAGCUAAAGGAAACAUCCUUCAACGUAUUGUAAGCUGCUGCAGACCAGCUUCUAACUGGGGUCCAUACCUGGAAAAACAUCGUGGAGAGAGAUAUAAAGACAUGGCACAGACUGAGAAAGAGACUGACCAUGAAAUACCAACUAUUAGUGGCAGUAGAAAACCAGAAUGAGAUCUCAUUUUAAAACAUGAUUGUUGCAUAAUGUGAUUUUUUAGAGGAGGGAAAUUUUUAUUUAUUUGUAUGUUAAUUGAGUAGAAAAAUAUGUGCUAUGUUCACAAUAGAGUGAUGUGUAUUUUUCUCACACAAGACUGUAAUAUAAAAUGUGAAUCUAUUAAUGCUUAGCAAUAUGCUUAUAUUUGUUUUAAGAUUACCUAUUUGUGUAAUACAUACCUACUAGACUGUUUUACAAUGACAUUUUGUAAAUAGUACCACCAUGUUUUUGUAAUACAUUGAAAGCUUUACUUUGUACCAAUUUGACAGAAGUUCUAUUAUUUUCUAUUUUUGUAAAUGUAAGGAUAGUACUUGCUUCUGCUUUCUUAAUAUACAAACUUACCUUUUCAUCAGAUGGGGAUGGAAAUCAGUCAGUAAAAAAGAAAAUGUUUCAAACUAAAGACCUCACUUAAUUAGAAAUAUAUGUGGAAAUAUACUGUAUGAAGACUGUAGUCUAAUGUUUUAAUGCAAAAAUAUUUAAAACUUUGUGAAUUUAUUAGGACUCAUCUUUUUAUGUGAACUUGCUCACCAUGUUUUAAAUUUACAAAUAGUGAAAUAAGACAGAAAAGUAACUAUCCUAUGAUUACUAAGGGCUAAACCUAGAAAAUGUAAUACCAAAGUUUGAAUACUUUUUUUUUUGCAUACUACCUUUCAUCCUUUGGUUGUAUUUGGGAGUAAAGUAUAGCUCAUAAUUUCUAUUGUGUUUCACGAAAAUUAUGAAUAGUUCUCAGGAGUAUUCUCAGAGUAUAAGGUUUAAUUGCACAUAGGAUGUGGAUUCAAAUGUUAAUUAUAAAAUGACUUUAAUCAAAUCUAGCAUUUUAUGAUAGUGAUAUAUGCCUAAGAGAUCAAGGAGAAUGAUUUUGUCUCAUGUGAAUAAGUUAUUGCAUAUGAAUGGCAGUGAUUUGCAUACUAAUAGAAAGUAAGGUUGUCAAACUUGUCAAGAAUGAAAAUUUUAUGUUUUAUUUUCUUGAUUAUGUGUCAUAGAAAAUUGGUUUAAAGAGCACAGCUUGGGAUAGUAAACAUUACCUAAAUAUAUAAGGAACAUUUCAGCAACUCUUCAGGUUCUUCAGCAAGGCUUCUGGAAUAAUUAUAUGUGAUAUUUCCUGUGUGCAGGUGAAUAUCCUUUUAUUAUUUUUUAGGGAGAGUCCAUUGUUUUCAUCAAAAUAUCAAAAGAAUCUGUGAUUCAAAAAGUAUAAGAAUCAAUCACAUAAACUACCUUUAGCUUUUGGUACUUGGUAAUAGAGGUGACAACAAUAGCAAGAAUAUUUUUCAGCAACACUUUCAAUUCCAUUUCUUCUUAUUUGUAAAUGAAUAUUAGAGCAAGGAAUUAAGGUAUUUCUUUAAUUUAUGGUUGUAAUUUAUUUUCAGGGGCAAGGGUGUCAAGAAUGAUAAAUAAGUAUUCUUGAUCAACCUCAGAUGCUAUGUAUAUACAGAUAUUAGGAAUUCAUUUAAUAGUUUUAGUGUUUUCAAGUACUAUUAGUGAACUUCAAGAGAAUAAUUCCAUAUACAUACUGGAUUUUAUAAACUAUUGAUUGACCUCUAUGACUGAGUACAGUGUAGAAAUUUUUUUUUAAAUUUUAAUCCAAGUGGAGAUGUGGCUCAAGUGGUAGAAUGCCAGUCCUGAGCUAAAAAGUCAAGGGAGAGUGUGAAGCCCUGAGUUCAAGCCCCAGUUCAGACACACAAGUACUUUAAUUUUACUCAAACACGUUAGACUCAUUCUAUCACUGUAUUUUGGUGCUAUUUUAAAUGUCAGAUUUUCUCCAAUUUAAAAAAAAAAACAUGUUUUUCCUUAUUGUGACUCUUACAAUUCCAAGAUUUGGGUAUGUGUUUAAUGAAAGAAUAGCUGAUUGAGUAAAGUGGGAUAAAGGGAUAAAAAGAGGAAAUAAUAUCCAAUGCUUAGCACAAAGAAUAGUUAAGGAUUGUCACUAUCUUCAAAUUGUGAACAGCAUAUGUUAGAGUGUGUGAUAUAUUGUAGGGUGUCUAGUAAGCUCUAUUCCCAUUACACAGGUUCAGCAAUAGCAAGGAACAAUAUUCUGUGACGUUUCAAAUAACUUUACCUAACUUAAUACAAACUUGAAAAUGACUGGUAUUUUAUACUGUACACAAUUAAAGAAAUCUGUUUUAUCAAAUUUCAAAGAAAUUAUAAUCACUUUUACUGCAGCGUGCAAGAAAAAAGAAAACGCUUCCUUUUAAACUGUUUUUCUUCACCAUUAAAAUAUAUAUUACCAAGUAUUUGUAAUCAAUUCAUUAAAAUAAACAAGCCCAUAAAUAUUUAAAACGGUAUCUAACUUUACAUCUUCUCCAUUUUAAAUAAUUCAUUUGGAAUAAACA